UCAAAAAUCACACGAAGGAAAGUGUAGAGAGGGAUAAAUAGAAAGGUAAAUCAAUCCUCGAGCGAAUUCUUAAUGUCCGCUUCGCCAUUAAACGAUGAUAAUAGCAUAGAAUUCAGCGAAAUUCUUCCGGAAAAUAGCUUGAUACACACUAAGCUGAAAGAUAUCCAUCUGCUGCUCUGCAAGCCCAAAAUUCUUCCCGUAAAAUCCUACUCCCUGGAAAAGCUUGAAAUGUUAGAAAAAAAGCUAUCCGAAGAGUCAAAGCAGCGUAGACAACUGAUGCAUGAGCAAAAGGAAGCAUCCGCUUGGAAGAGUGACGAAUCGCCUCCCAUUCCAAAAACCACCUCGGAUGCUCCAAUAAUACCACCACCACAAAAAUAAGUCCCCAAUUUUGCAGGUGAAUCUGUAGCCAUGUAUGAAAACGGAUACCAAGAAAUGAACUUUAUUUGGGGAAGAAAGCCAAUGAUAUAAAUUGUAGAAUUACUUGGGGAAUAAA